AAGUGCCUUUCUUUUCUUCCUCUCAGGAGGCGGAAGUGCCAACUCUGCGGUGAACUAGGCGGUGCGGAGGGUCGACGCUGAGCCCGGCCUCCGCCGGCGGCGAUGAAGCUGCUGGCGCUCCCCCUGGGAGGACGAGGGUCCCUCCUGCUGGUGGGCUGCGUGCUGUGGCAGCUGAGCCCGGCCGCGCAGGCGGUGGAGCCCAUCAGCUUGGGCCUGGCCCUGGCCGGCGCCGCCGCCUCCGCCCUCACCGGCAUCAUCUCCUACCCCAAGCUCUACUGUUACUUCGCCGAGUGCUGCCUGCAGAGGCCCGGCGCCCGUAGCGGGGCAGCACUUCAAGAGAAUUUGGACCAGAAGCUCUUUGGCCAGCAUCUGGCAAAGAAGGUGAUUGUGAAAUCUCUCGCAGGAUUUUUGAAUAAUUCCAACCCAAAGAAGCCCUUGGCCCUCUCCUUACAUGGUUGGACUGGCACCGGCAAAAACUUUGUCAGCAAGAUCAUCGCAGAGAGCCUUUACGAAGGUGGCCUCAACAGCAGAUAUGUCCAUCAGUUUGUCUCCACGUUGCAUUUUCCUCAUCGGCAAAACAUUACUCAGUACAAGGACCAGUUGCAGAUGUGGAUCCGGGGCAACGUGAGCGACUGCGCGAGGUCCAUCUUCAUCUUUGAUGAGAUGGAUAAAAUGCACGCCGGCCUCAUCGACUCUAUUAAACCUUUCCUGGACUACUACGAGGAGCUGGAUGGCGUGUCUUACCGGAAAGCAAUCUUCAUUUUCCUCAGCAACGCUGGGGCUGAAAAAAUAACUGAAGUGGCACUGAACUUCUGGAGGAGCGGAAAAAGACGAGAAGACCUGAGCUUACGAGACCUGGAGCUGUCGUUGUCUGUGUUCAAUAACAAAAACAGUGGCUUUUGGCACAGCAGCCUGAUCGACAAGCACCUCAUCGAUUAUUUCAUCCCCUUCCUGCCUUUGGAGUACAAGCAUGUAAAAAUGUGUGUGAGGGUUGAACUCGAAGCCCGGGGCUACGAGGCAGAUGAAGACAUUGUGAUGCAAGUUGCCGACGAGAUGACCUAUUUCCCGAAAGAGGAGAGGAUCUAUUCUGAUAAAGGUUGCAAAACUGUGUGCACAAAGCUGGAUUUCUACUUGUAACAUUUCUUUUUAUGAUCUGAUCUUCAAAGAAAAUGAAAGCAAUCGCAGAACUUGGAGAAACUAAAUCUUUUUUUUAAAAAAAGAUUUUAAAAUGGGUAAAAAGAGAAGAGGAUUCAUGAGAGUAUCAGGGUGGGAGGAAUUGUGAACUGCAGAUACUCGCGCUUGUGGCAUGGCGUUCAAGGGAUCCAUUCCGCUUGGUCCACUCUAGAGCAUCAUUUAACUGUAUCUUGUACUGUGGAACCACCCAAGUUCCUUCACGAGUGCUUUAUGGACCGGGGAUGGAGAGGGUUGCUGGUCCGUGACUGAGCCCAGUUCUAAUGAGAUCUUUGGCAUUGGAAGCAUCUCCAAAUCUUUUUGCGAACUGUGACUCUUCUGAAGAAAUGAAGCACCUUGACGGUGCGUAAAAAAAGAUGUGUUGCUUUCUUUGAAAACCAAUGCGAUCUUGCAUGUUUCCAGUAAUAGCGGCACAGAGAACAGGGAUAAUGUAAUGCAGUGGUUUUCAUCAAACUCUUUGUUGGGUUGCCCUGCUGUUCCUUGAAAGCUUUUUUUUUGAGGGGGGGCAGUCCUUGGUGAACUGACCAGUAUUAAAGAGACUUCCACAAAAGUGUUUGUGCAGGGUCAGGCUGGCUCCCACCUUUGACCCCCCAACAUUAAACAGCAGGAGGAUAUUGAGCAUGUCCCACCCAGUACAUGUGUGGGAUCUAAAAAUCUGAGCCAUUGCCCCAUGCCAACAGACGGCCCUCUGAGCCCACUCCCCAGAAUCCUUUAUGGGAGACACAGAGUUUCCCUCAGAAGAAAAGAUCCCCUGGCUAUCUAAACCUUAAAAACCACUGCCUUUUAAAUUGCAGAAUGCAUGGGGUCAUAAGAGAUUCUGAUAUGGGGGGGGGAAGUAUGUAUGUAUACAGAGAAGUAUUCCUUGCCACCACCUCUUGACAAGUCCCCAAAGGCUUGUUGAAAACAGCAUUCUCCAUCAAGAUGAGUAUUAGUCAGUGAUGGUUCUGUGACGGAGAGGUUCCUCUCUUUUUUCUUUUUACCGCCUUUGUCUGCACUUCUCUCCGUAUCAGGGAAGAAAAACAGGUAGUGACUUUCAAGAGAGUUUAAAGUACCUGUAGGGCAAUUUGCUCUCCUGGUGUCCUUUUCACUCUGUGGCGACUGUAUUUCAGGGGCCAAUUUUGGGCAGGUAAGAAACAGCAUGUUGGCUUUUUUCAUAAGAAAGCCACGGCUUGCUGGGGAGAAUGGCAGUGAAAAAAUCAGAAGCAAAAAGGGUUUUUCUCGGCAGCUUCUCUACAUCUUGCCAGACUCCACAACUCUCAAGCUCUUGGCACCAUCCCCGAAGAACUCCUUGUGACCGUUAUGUUUUUCAACCUAGAAAAAGCCAAUGAAGGAAAUCUGAAAAAUUCACGUUGCUGAAAGAUACGUGUCUAAGGAUAGAACUGCGUCUUGUAAAGAGCUGCUGCUGGAAAUGGUAGCUCUGUUAAAGGUCCCUGCUUUCCCCCUCAGUAGCAUCUAGUUCACAGAUGGGCAGCCGGUGAGGUCCUUGGCUAAUUUCAUGUUUGUGGCAAAGGAGGGGGGGCAAAAUGGCAGGAAAGGAUGUAGGAGAAAGAGAGGGGGUGAGAGGGUAACCCUGCCCACUGGUGGCAUGUGUCCCAAGAGAUUACUCUGGAGGAAUUCAGCCCCCAGCAAGAGAAAAGUGGCCCACUGCCUGACCUAGUAGUCCAGCUGAACAUUUGUCUAUAGCUAUGCAUUUCUAUGUCUCUGCUGCCUCCAGCAGCGUCAAGUCCAGCUGUUUGUGGGGAAAUGCAUAUCGUGGCUCAGUUUGCACACAACAUGCCAAACCAUAGGUGGGGACAGUUUUUAACUAUGGUUUGGCAGAAUGGCUGAAUUGACAAACCAAAGGUAAAAAGCCACUGCUUCUCUCUCCAACAAGUGCUUCUGUGUGGAAGCAAGAGAACGGAACUGGUAUUGCUGUACAGCACCUCGCCUAUUUAGAAGCUCAAAUUAUGGUUUGUUUUGAACAACCAUUAGUAAAAAAAGAAAACCCACACACGUUGAAUUGAAACAACGGAUUAGAUCCAGAUUAAGUCUGUUGUAUUUUGGUCCCUUGAAAUUAACGACUUGAAUUAGUUAAGGAAAUUUCCUGCUCCAUCCUCCCCCGAAACGCCUCUCUAGAGGGUUGAGAACCUGAAUAAAGUGGGAUUUUUGUGUGUGUCAGGAUGGGAGGAGAAUAAGGAAAAACAUAACAUUCCUUCUAUGAGCUUCCUUAUCUUACAAUUCAAAAAAGGUUGAAGAAGUUCAUAAUGACCAACUUUUUCACAUUGAUUAUAAGUGCAGCUAACUUAGGCUUCAGUUUUGCAACCCCCUACUUGUGAGUAAGUUCCACUGAAGUCAGUCGGACUUGAUUCUAAGUAAGCAUAGAGGAUUGUGCUGUUAGUCUGCCUCGAAGCCAAAGCCAGGAGGAAGGCCUGAGGCAAGCUGAACUGGAAGAUGUAGGCCCCAAGGGACGUCCACUGCAACUCUGCGAUAUGUAAAUCUUGCUGAUUUGGCACAACCAAAUUGUUUUUCCAACUGAUUUUUUAAAAUAAUUUUUGUGAAUAAAUUGUUGUCGAAUCUCUA